AUGGUGCUUGAUACUAGCAGUGAACUCUCCUGGCUACACUGCAAGAAGACUCCCACUACCCUAUCAACGUUCAACCCUUUAUUGUCGUCAUCGUACCAAGCAAUCCCAUGUUCAUCGCCCACAUCCAGGACUCGGACUCGGGAUUUCACAAUACCGAUUUCUUGUGACAUGAAAAGCCUCUGUCAUGCCACGCUAUCUUACGCGGACAGUUCCUCUGUUGAAGGUAAUUUAGCCUCGGAAACGUUUCAUAUUAAUAAUUUAGCUCUGCCAGGGACGGUGUUUGGGUGCAUGGACACAGGCUUCAGCUCCAACAUAAACGAACUACUGGAAUAA